AUGAGAUACUUGUGCGUUAUCCUUCUCCUGGCCAUGGUCGGUGUGGUGCGGAUCGGUGAGUCCGACGGCGCAUCCUCCCCAGCCACAACCUCUGCCUCGGCCACCACCACAACGGCUACCACAACCACCACAACCACGACCACUACCACGGCAGCCCCCGCCAGCGCCAGCGCCACCUCCACCGCCACAAACUCGACAUCGACGUCCACCAAAACUAAGAAGAAACGUGUCAGGCACAGUAUUAGGCGACGUCGUAGAGGACGCAGAGUUACAAGAAUUCAUCAUCGCAUAAAUGGCGGUGACGGGGACAGCGAUAGGAACCGAAUUCGCAGGAACAGGAUCACCUCUAGCUACGGUUCUAGUAGUUCCAGGACUAGCAGUCGCAGCGGCAGGCUUCGUAGUCGCCGUGAACGCAGGCUCUCCCGAGCAUAG